AUGACUAGAGCAAGCUUGUCUCUUGAGACCAUCAAUGGGGCUUCAUCAAAAGCAUCCACUACUGAACCAAACUUCAGGCACCUCUACCAUGGCACCUGUAGUUCUAGUGUGGGGCACCUCAUUCCCUGGGAGCCCGGAAGCAAGAAAGCGGAUGCCAGGCAAAUCCUGGAAGGCUUGGACUUUCUCCAUACGGAGAAGAUUGUCCACAGGGAUGUGAAGGGCGCGAAUAUUCUAAUCGAUGCCGCUGGAGAUGCGAAGCUAGCAGACUUUGGCGCCUCGCAGAAUCUCGAGGCCUUGCAUACCCUCCACGGCACGACCACUACGGGCGGAGUCAAGUCCAUCCAUGGAAGCGUCUUCUGGAUGGCGCCCGAGGUCAUGAAAUACCGCGCCGGCAGAAGAUCGGACAUAUGGAGCUUGGGGUGCACAGUGAUCGAGAUGAUCACCGCCGAUGCUCCUUGGCCGAAUCUUCGGGAGCACAAGUUGCCAGUCACAGAGAUGCUUAGACACAUUGUGGACAGCGACGAGAUCCCGCCCUUGCCGGAAAAGAUCCACCCAGACUGCCGGAGCUUCCUGGAGCGGACAUUGAACCGCGACCACACCCGGCGGCCCUAUGCUGACAAGCUGCUGGGCCACCGCUUCGUGGUGGAAGGAGCCACUCCGGGCUCCACCCCAGCAGCCACUCCAGGCGGCGCAGCAGCUGGUGCCUCACCAGUCUCGGUAGCCUCGACAGUUGAACCCGUGGCCAGCCCCUGA